AUGCUUUCAAGAAUCUCAGCUUCAGAUUGGCUAAAUCCAAGUCCAAACGUAAAAAAAGCAUUGGGCUUGCUUUUAAUUGGUGGUGUCACAGCAUAUGCAAUUUAUUCAUACAAAAAUUGAAGAGCUUCUUCUCAGAAAAAUGAAGCUAUAGAUUGUCUCACAUCUUCAGAUGCUGCCAUAAGGUCCCAAAAUAUUUCAAAUGUUGAAUAUUAUUUGAAGCUUAACACCCAAAAAGGAACAUCAUACUGAGGCUGCUGCACAAUUAUUUUCAAAAUAAUUAACCCUCAAAUUCCAACAUUUUUAGAUUUCAAGGCCACGAUUUUAGGUUGAAAAUAAUUGUUCAUUAUUAAGCACUAGCAAAAUAUUGAUUUUUGUAAAGUAAAUAUGUUAAGAAUUUCAGUAAAAAUAGAGGAAAAUAUUAAAUAGAUAAUGGCUUAAGAGAAAAUCCUGCACCAGAUUUCGAAGGAGAUGAAAUUUUAUCAAUUCUUAUUAACGGCCAAGAAUGCAACGCCUGCAGGACAGUUGGAAAAAUUUACUUACUCCCCCCCCCCUCCGUGAGCGAACAAAACCAUUAGAAAAAUCGCCAUUUUUUGGCCAAAAACCCACCCUCCGUGAGUGAACAAAAAUUUUUUUAAUAGAAAAAAUUUUAAUGGAAAAAAAUUUUGAUAUAUAAGUGAUAAUUAGUAUAAUGAAAUCUAGAGCUAAUUCUGUUUAAUUUUAAACAAAUUGCGUUUUUAAAACAUAAAUUUUGCAAUUAAAUUAAUAUUUGCUUCCCAAUUUUUGCAAAUUAGGAUUUUUUUAAAUUUCGAAAAAAAUAUUUUUUUAUAAAAUUUAUAUAUAAAUUUUUUUUAAAAAAAAAAAUUAACCCCCCUCCGUGAGCGAACAAAAUUUUUUUGUUCGCUCACGGAGGGGGGGGGGGGGGAGUUAAAAAUUUGCAAGUUGGAGUAAAUAGUGUAGAAAUUCGCUACAAGAAUAAAUAUUCAAAAGAUGGAAAUGGGUUGCAUAGAUAUGUGGACACAAUAGAUGGUGAAGAAUAUUUAAAUACGCAAUUUGAGCCUUUUUAUGCUCAUAGGAUGUUUCCUUGCUUUGAUCAGCCAGAUAUAAAAGCCAUACUAAUCUUGUCUGUCAAAUGUCCAGCAUACUGAAAAGUAAUUUCAAAUGAGCCUAUCAGAAAAAUAGAAAAUUCUCCAGCAGUAAACGAUUCAAUUUAUUUAUACGGCAAUGAUGAUUGCCAAUUAAUAACAUUUAGCUCCACAGACAGAAUAAGCACUUAUUUAUAUGCCUUAUGCGCUGGCCCAUUUUUGGAAUUCAGAAAAGAUGAUAAUGAACUAAACAUCCCAAUAGGCUUUUAUUGUAAAAAAAGUUUAGAAAAUCAAUUUAACGUUGACGUACAUUUAAAUUGGACAAUAAGGAGCUUUAAAUUUUACCAAGAAUUUUUUGGGAUUCUUUACACAUUUAAGAAAAAUGGUGAUGUCAAUGGACUCCGAGACACACUACUAUGGAAUAGAUUGUCCCGAUCAAGCUGAAAAUAGUGCCUCUGUCACUUUUGAAGUAAGCCGCCUGGUUUGGGGAUGCCUGUUAAGAGGAAAUUCUGCUUCCCAAAGGUUUUCGCUGUCUUGAGAUGCGCUAGGCAGUUUUGCCUCCCACUUAUUUUUACUUAUCGGGACUAGUGGGCAGGCUAGCGAUCUAUCACUUAUUUAUGAAAUUUAACUUAAUUUACCCAUUUAAAAAAUACGACCAAAUGUUCCUUUCUGAAAUGAAUUAUGGGGCUAUGGAAAAUGUAGGAUGCGUCACAUAUCGAGAGCAUUAUUUAAAUCUUCUAUCAAGCAUUAAAAAAUGUAAGGUUGGGAACGUAUUUCUGCAUGAAAUGGCUCACAUGUGGUUCGGAAACUUAGUUACUAUGAAAUGGUGAGAUGAUUUGUGGCUUAAUGAAAGUUUUGCCACUUUUAUGUCCCAUUUAAACUAUUCUCAAUCAUUAAAUGACGAAUUUUCUGACGUUUGGCUUGUCUUUUUAAGAAGAAAACGCUCCGCUUAUGAACUAGACAGUAUUAGUACAUCUCAUUCCAUAUGAACUCCUGUAGAAAACACAUUAGAAACCACCACAAAUUUUGACGCAAUUUCCUAUAAUAAAGGCUCAUCAGUCUUAAAGCAGCUGCACUAUGUUUUAGGCCCUGAAAUAUUCCAAAAAGGAGUCAGAGCUUAUUUAAACUCUUUUAAGUACCAAAAUGCUAAAUUUGAUGAUUUAAUCAAUGCAUUGAAUUUUGAAGCAAAACAAAAUAACCUAAAAAUUGAUCUGAAAGAAUGGGCUCAAAGGUGGGUAAAAACCAUUGGUGUUAAUUCUCUUACCCCUGAGCUUGAAAUUGAAGAUGGAAAAAUUCGCGAAUUUAAGGUAAAGCAGCUGGGCAGCACGCUAUAUCCGACGUUAAGAGACCAUAAAAUUUUGGUAGAGCUGUUUGACGAUAAUAUGGAGUCAAUUUGUAAAGAAGAAAUUUUUAUUGAGCCACAUUAUAAUACAUUUUUUGGAAAAAUGAUAGGAAAAGCAGCUCCAAGUUGUGUGGUUUUAAAUGUGGAGGAUUAUGGAUACUGCAAAGUCAGAUUUGAUAAAAUUUCACUGGAAAAUAUAAAAUUAAAAUUAGACAAAAUUGGAAAUAAGAUGACGAGGAUGCUGAUUUUGUCUAAUCUAUAUGAGAUGGUAAGAGAUUGUUUGAUGCCUGUGAACCAAUUUUUAGAGGUCUGUGAGAAUCAAUUUGUGAAGGAAGAAGUCGAAAUAAUUGAAAGCUAUAUAUUAGAAAUAGCUCAUGAUGCAAUUACAAAUUGGGUUGAAAAACAGUCUGAGAAGGUAAAAUUCUAUACUUUUUUUUUCCAUGAAAUUUUGAAAAAAUUGUCAGAAAAGCCUAAUCUUAGAGAACUAAGAUAUAAACUGUUUAGGUUUAUUCAGAAAAAAGACGAUAUAGUUCUUGCUGUCUCUUGGAUUAAAUCUAGCAGUGACGAGCCUGGCCUUAAGUUAACAAUUGAUGAAAGUUGGGCUGUUUUGAAGGCAUAUUCAUCAAUUUUAAAAGGUGAAAAAACACUUAUUGAAGAGUUCAAGGAAAAUGAUAAAACAUCAACUGGAGUGCUUGCAUAUAGUUAUUGCUUAGCAGCAUAUCCAGAAAAUAAAGAAGCCACUUGGAAUAAAAUAUACCAAUAAAAUCAAUCUUGAAUCCUUACUUAUAUUUUUUUUUAAAAUUAAUACCCUGACUAGUGGUGGAAAAAAAAUAACUAUUUCAAUAAAAGAUGUAUACUUUUUGAAGGUCCUGAAAUGUCUGCACAUCAUAGACGUGCUAUUAUGACUGGAUUCAUGAUUAAAUAUCAGAAAAAAAUCCUUCAAUUCUACACCAAUCGCUACUUUAAAACUAUCACUUCAAUAAUCAAAACCCACGAUCUUCAAUUUGUGCUUGAUUUCUGCGAGCACUUAUUCCCAAGUUUCGAGCCUGAAGGAUUUUUGAUUUCUGAAAUCAGAAAAAUAUUAAAGAAAAUUCCUCAAUCAUUUUACCCAAUUAUUAGAUUUUUCAAUGAAAAGAAAAAUAAAUUGGAAAUAAGCCAAAGAGUCAAAUCUUUUUCACGAAAUUCUUAA